AAAAAACCUUUAAACAGUUUAAAUCUCCGUUUCAAUGUUCAGUGUUAUUUUCAAUAACAAAUAAAACAUAGUUGGCAGAUUUAUUUUAACUUAAAUGCCACGCAAGAAAUACGGUUAAUGGAAAGGCACUCAGUCGUCCAUAUAAAUUGUUACAGUUAAAAGAGAAUAUUUAAAAUUCAGCAUUGUCUGAACUUUCACCUCCUUUGCACCCUUCCCGCCGUCCACGUGCACGCUGGGUUUUUAUCCCCUGCUCUACUUGUUCUCUCUCUUUUCCGCGAUCAGCCGGCCACCUUCUGGCACGUGUGAAACUGUUAAGACACCUGGUUAAGUGUUCUACAGUAUUACCAUCCUGAAGAUCACCAUGGACGAGUGGGAAGAGGGUACAACAACAACAACCUCAAAUAAUGGUAGCUUGUGGGCCAGUGGGGAGGGCAGCUUUGGAGGUGACCGUGCUGGCAGAGGCAGAGGGUUCCGAAGUGGUGGGGGCUUCAAGAGUUUCUCUUCAGCAGGAAUUGAUGAGAAUGGGAAUGAGGAUAAAGGAAGCUCCUGGAACAGUGAUGAAGGUGGCUUCAGGGGAAGGGGAAGAGGCAGAGGGGGUGGUAGAGGAUUUGGGGGAAGAGGCUUCCGAAAUGAGGGAGGCAGAGAUGGUGAUGGUGAUGGUGGUGGGUUUGUAGGGGGUCUGGGCGGCCGUGGCGGCAGGGGAGGCUUCCGACCAGGUGGCGGUGAUGGUGGAAGAGAAGGCGGCGGCGGAGGUUAUCGUGGAAAAGAUGAGGAAGUGUUCUCUAGAGGUUCAAACGAGUGUGGUGAGGGUGACCAUGAAAAUGCAGGUCCAAAAGUGACCUACGUUCCCCCGGCUCUCAGUGAGGACGAGUCCUCCAUUUUUGCCCACUAUGAGUCGGGCAUCAACUUCGAUAAGUACGACGACAUCCUGGUCGACGUCAGCGGCCACGACCCCCCGAAGGCCAUCAUGACCUUUGAGGAGGCCGCGCUGUGCGAGUCUCUGAACAGGAAUGUCAGCAAGUCCGGCUACAAGAAGCCCACACCGGUACAGAAGCACGGCAUUCCCAUAAUCUCGGCUGGCCGGGACCUCAUGGCCUGUGCCCAGACAGGGUCUGGGAAAACGGCUGCGUUCCUGCUCCCGAUCCUACAGAGGCUGAUGGCGGAUGGCGUGGCGGCCAGUCAGUUCAGUGAGGUGCAGGAGCCAGAGGUCAUCGUAGUGGCGCCGACCCGGGAGCUCAUCAACCAGAUAUACAUGGAAGCCAGGAAGUUUGCCCACGGAACGUGUGUACGUCCUGUGGUGGUUUAUGGAGGUAUCAGCACCGGUUACACCAUCCGGGAAGUACUGAAGGGCUGCAAUGUGUUGUGUGGCACUCCGGGAAGACUUCUGGACAUCAUUGGAAGAGGAAAGAUUGGCCUGAGCAAGGUCCGCUACUUGGUGCUGGAUGAGGCUGACCGGAUGCUGGACAUGGGCUUUGAGCCAGACAUGCGGAAGCUCGUGUCCUCCCCGGGGAUGCCGCCUAAAGAGGACCGCCAGACCCUCAUGUUCAGCGCCACGUACCCCGAGGACAUCCAGAGACUGGCUGCGGACUUCCUGAAGACGGACUACCUCUUCCUGGCCGUGGGUGUAGUGGGCGGGGCCUGUAGCGAUGUGGAGCAGGUUGUGGUUCAGGUGACCAAGUUUUCCAAAAGGGACCAGCUCCUGGAGGUUCUUAAGACUACAGGGACCGAACGCACGAUGGUGUUCGUGGAGACCAAGCGACAGGCUGACUUCAUCGCAACGUUCUUGUGUCAGGAGAAAGUUCCUACUACUAGUAUUCAUGGUGACCGCGAGCAGCGGGAGCGAGAGCAGGCGCUCGGCGACUUCCGCUCCGGCAAGUGUCCUGUCCUGGUGGCCACCUCCGUUGCCGCGCGUGGGCUGGACAUCAAGGACGUGCAACACGUCGUCAACUUCGACCUCCCCAACAACAUCGACGAAUACGUCCACCGCAUCGGCAGGACGGGCCGCUGUGGCAACACCGGGAAGGCGGUGUGUUUCUUUGACCCGGAGGCCGACGGCAACCUGGCACGCUCCCUGGUCAAGGUCCUGUCUGGGGCACAGCAAGAGGUCCCGAAAUGGCUAGAGGAAGUGGCCUUCAAUGCUCACGGCACCAUCGGAUUCAAUCCAGGGGGUAGAGUAUUCGCCUCCACUGACAGCAGAAAGGGCGGAUCCUUCCAGAAUGACCGGACCACCAGUCAGCCAGCUGCUGCCCUGGGCGUUGCCGGGGACGAUGAUGAGUGGGAGUGAUAUAACAAGUUAUUUCUGUUUUUGUUUUCGGCGCAGAGUCGUUUAGUUCGUAGUUUUUUUGUUGUUUUGUUUUCUUUUUAGCCUUUCAUUCUGUUUGUUUGAAGAGUAAUUUUGCACUUUUGCUUGUCCUAGCUGAAAUUGUGCACACUGGUAAUUGUGACUCAUUACCGUCUGGCUAAAAUCUGUGGCCUUGAUGAAACCUCUCAAAUUUUAAUGUUAUGGGUAUUGUAACUGCUAUGGUGUGUUGUGGUUUGAUUUGUGAAGCUUCACUUGCACCCAUUUCCUUUUUCCAUUCAAAUGUUUUACCUCACUGAGAAUGAAAAAUGUACAUGUUUAGAAAUAGACUGGUAUGAUAAUGCAUGCGUGACCAUCCCUAGACAAUACCUGUUAAACAUUUGUUUUUUCAGAAAGGAUUAAUCAGUUGGACCAGGCGAGUUGUGGUUCUGUUAACCAAUCUCAGGUGACCAAGUUUAAGGUCGAGUGUUGUAACAGAUUCGCAAGAUUGCUUAUUUUUGUAGUAAAAAAAAAAUUCACAUUUUGUGCCAGACGAAAUUAGUAAAUGUAUUUACUUAACAUUGUUUGUGUUCAAAUUCAUGAAGACAUUUGAUGUGGUCUAAAAGCACGUUUUGAGUAAAAACCUUAAUUUUU